AUGUUAAGAUUCAUGCAUGGUUGGAAUCACCCAUUCUGGGGAGCUCUCCUUUUGGGACUACUACUGCUAGUCUGGAGAAAACUUGUCUCCUCUGUAAGCUUUCAUCAGAAAAAACUUGAUGUGACUGGCAAAGCAGUGCUUGUCACUGGCUGUGAUACUGGUUUUGGGCAUUCCCUUGCCUUGAGACUGUUCCAUCUUGGUUUCACUGUGUUUGCUACUUGCCUCUUUCCAGAUGGGGAAGGAGCACAACAUCUGAGGCAGGAGGCAGGAGGUAACUGUGGCAUGCAUGUUUUUAAAUUCGAUGUCACUCAAGAUCAAGAUGUGGUGGACACCAAGGAAUUCCUCCUGAAGAAUCUGCCUGAAAAGGGUCUCUGGGGACUAGUAAAUAAUGCUGGUCUAGCAAUAUGUGGUAAGAUGGAAUGGAUAGCUUUUGAUGAAUUAAAAAAAGUUAUAGAUGUCAAUGUUUUGGGAAGCAUCAGGACAACUCUAAAACUUCUUCCUCUUAUAAAAAAGAGUCACGGACACUUAAUCUUCAUGUCUAGUAUAAAUGCAUUUAUAGGAUUAGGAACUGGCUCCUAUGCUUUAUCAAAAAUAGCAUUGGAACGAUGUGGUGAUAUCUUAAGGGCUGAACUCAAGAAAUUUGGAGUUAAAAUUUCUCUUAUUGAACCAGGAAACUAUUGUCCUGCCACUAACAUUUUGAAAGUACAGAGUGUGGAAAAAUACUGGAAUACAUUUGAUGAAGAAACUAAAGCAAGCUAUAGUAAAGAAUACCUACAAUUAUUUUUUAACAGAGUGAAUGAAACAUUAAAAAAUGGAAAGCCUGACUCAAAAGAAGUUAUUGAUGCUAUAAUCGAUGCUUUAAUGAGUCAACAGCCAAAAUCAAGAUAUUUGGUUGCUACUUUUAAGGAAAAAUGUCGUGUUUAUGCUUAUUACUAUUUACCAGCAUCUCUAAUGGAUUCAUUUCUUUGCGUCAAAGGAGCCUGA